GGCGGUGGAAGAUGUGCAGCUUGCAAACAACUAAGGAGGAGGUGCCCAUCAAAUUGCAUACUUUUGCCAUAUUUCCCCUCUAAUGAUCCUCAAAGAUUUGCUUUUGUUCACAAAAUCUUUGGUACAAGUAACGUUGAAAUGAUGCUCCAGCAAGUACAAGAGCACGAGCGAGCAGACGUGGCAGAAUCCUUGUACUAUGAGGCACAUUGUCGGAUUAAGGAUCCAGUUUAUGGUUGUGCUGGAAUAAUCACCAUUUUAAGUGACCAAAUUUACAAUCUUGAAUGCCAAUUGGCCAGAGUUCAAGCUCAGAUACAAAUCCUGAAAGCACAGCAACUAGGGCCACGUUUCGAAGACCCGCCGCAACCUCAAUGGUCACAACAUUUUCCUAUGAACAACUUCAGAAUGCUUCCAUAUCAUUACUAUUAGAGAUACCUGAAAACUGAACCUCACAAGAAUUCCUUAUCGAUUGGAAAUAGAAGAACCCUCCAAAUUUUGCCUCAUCUGAAGUCGAAACAGCUAGUCUGUAAUCAUCAAGGUAUUAAAGAUUUUCUGUUUCUGGUAUUCUUGGUCUGCAUCCACCUUUAAUAUCUUGUGAUGCAGAUUGUAAGUUUCAACAAUAAGUGCUCUCCAUUAUUAGAGCUUUUGAAAGAAAUGAACACAGCGGACAAAAAUUAUAAUGUGUCAAAAUGUGCUAUCUCAAUAUUUAUUUUAUCAAACACUUGAUAUACAAAAUGACAGCACAAUGCUGUUCCAAUUGUGGUUGCAACUCGCUAUGCCAUUUUCCAGAUGCAGUUUUA